ACGACACUACAUUACAAUUUCGGCGGCUGUUGCAGACAGCCGUGUUAGUUUGUGUUAGUUAUAGAUUAAUACUAGUAUAGUGGUUUAGAUAUAACGUGUUGCGCGUUCUAAUAAGCAUUCAAUAUGAAAUUCACGGUCGCAUUCAUAUUAUGUAUAUCAACGGCAUGGGCUAUAAAAGCGAAAGUUGACGAUCCUAAGGAUAAGAGAGAGGCUGCGAUUGGCUACGGAUCAUCAGGCCACUCAAGCCAGGCAUACAACUUCCAGUCGCCUGCACAAGGACACGAAGAUGCAAACUCAGCUAUCAGCAUCGGAGCUGGAUAUAGUGUAGGAGGUGGCAAGCCUUCUUACAGUUUUGCAAAUCAAAUAUCCGGUGCUGCCUACCAAGUACCAUCUGAAGGGUCACCAGCAAGUGGUCACGGUGCUCUUCAACUGGCCCCAAUUACACUACAAUCAUCUCACCCCGGUCUUGUUUCCAACGAUCUCUCGCAGCUGAUGAGCCAACUUUCCCAUGGAUUAAACUCUGGAGCGCUCACACUGUCACCUGGUAGUCAAGGAGUGUAUCAGUUUGGCGUCCAGAAUGCACAUGGAGGUCAAGAGUUUUCCGUUCCUCAAUUCGCUUAUAGCUCACCAAACUCGCAACAAUAUACUUUAGGAGAAGCGGCUCAACCCGCAGUUCCAUCAUACGCUGCUGGUACUAAAGGAUUAGGUUCUUACAGUUCGACAGGACCAGUUCUAUUCACACCGGAUCAAGCUAAUCAAGCACAAAAUUACGCCUCUCAAAGCGGCGGUCAUUCUAUCAAUGAGGGAGCAUCGAUCUCUUACGGGGAGCCGGCCCAGUCACUGUCCGGUUAUUCAUUAGGUAAUUCAGGACAAUCCUUCGGUGGAUCACUAAACGCUUACGCUGGAAAUUAUGCUGCUCCGGGAAAAUCAUCUUUUAAACCCUCUGCAUUCCUGGGUUCAGUUCAGAGUGAGGGAGGUCAUUCCCUAUCCGGAUCAUAUGCUGCACCGUCUUUUGGUAAUUAUCAUGCUGGUGGUUUGUCCUUAGGGGCUGGUGGUCAUAAUCAUGGUUUCGGUUCAUUGUCUGGACUCAGCGGUGGUGCACCUAAAUAUAUCUCGCAAACAUAUUUACCUACCAAAUCUGCCGAUGGCGUAGGUUCCUUAGAGUCAAUUGCGUCAACUUUCUCAGCUAGCGGUCAAUUGGGCCACGGUGCUCAUAGUUUUCCUUCAUCUCCAUACAGCCCCAGUACUGGCCAUAGCGCUUUAUCCCAAGCCCCUCAAUACUAUGUAACUUCAUCAAAGCAUAGCCCUGGAGCUAGCUUUGGAGGCGGAAGUAUUUCAUACAAAAGCCCAGUUUCUGGUCAUAGUUCAUUGAAUUCUUACUCAUCUGGGCCUAAAUACAGCUUUGGUGGACAGAGCACACGCUAUUCACCAGCAAAGGACUCUCAUGGCGCUUACAGCGAAACGAGUUACAACACGAUCAAAUACAGCGAAGAACUAAAACCCCGUAUUCAUUAAGAUAAUCGUACACAGAUGGAAACGGUGCUGUAAAUAAAGGCUUGAUUACGUGUGGAUUAUGUAUGUUUACGAAAACGUGAGUGAACGAAAGCGUUAAGUCGCUGUAGGUGUUGUUUAUUUGCGUAUGUUCCGCUAAUUUAUCAGAUGAACGCUUCAAUUGUUACCGUCGAGCUUAUCAAAUUGCUUUCUAUUGGGGAUACUAUUGUUAUUAACUACAUUA